AUGGAUUCAGAGACUCGAAUUGAUAAUGUAAGUGCCAUUGGUAGACAAUUAGAGAAUUUCUUUACCACUGCAUAUAGAUAUUGUGAACGUAGGGGGAUCGAGAAAGAAAUAGACUUAAGACGAUUCCAAGUGGUUAAUAAUCAUUCUUGGUGGAAAGAUGUGAAAAUGCUCGAUUUCUUAGGCAAUUAUGGACGUCAUAUUAGAAUUCAAAAUAUGCUAGCUCGUGAUUCCAUCUCAGCAAGAAUUGGUACAUCUGAUGGCUUGGGAUUUAACGAAUUUACGUAUCAAGUUCUUCAAGCUUACGAUUUUUACCAUCUUUACAAAAAUGAAGGUGUUUCAAUUCAAGUUGGUGGUGGUGAUCAAUGGGGGAAUAUCACUGCUGGUAUUGACUUCAUAUCUCGUGUUGAGCCAAAUUCUAAGAAGUCACCACCAUAUGCGAUCACAUCAUCCUUAUUGACAACCGCCAACGGUGAUAAAUUUGGUAAGAGUGCCGGCAAUGCUAUCUUUAUCAAUAGAGAUAUUAACUCACCAUACGACAUUUUCCAGUACUUUUUGAACGUUGAAGAUGCUGAUAUCGAGAAGUUUCUAAAAAUAUUCACAUUGUUAUCUCUUGAAGAUAUUAACUCCAUAAUGAAGAUGCAUAACAAGGAUCCUAAAUUAAGAGAAGGACAGAAAACUUUAGCAAGGGAAGUGACUGAAUUGAUACACGGUUAUGAAAACUGUAGGUUCGCAGAAAUUCUCUCUGAUAUGUUAUUCAAUGAUAAAUUGAAGGAUUCAAGCGUAUCGGUUGAUAGCUUAUUAGAUGCAGCAUACGUCGCUGGCAAUUACGAAACUGUACCAACCAGAAGUUCAUUAGUUGAAAUAAUAUCCAAAGUCACCAACUGUUCUAAUUCUGAAGCAAAGAGAAGAAUCAGUCAAGGUGGAGUUUAUCUAGGUCUCGAUAGAAUACAAGUCACUGAUCCAUCAGUUUCAAUUAAUGAUUACAUUUUACAGAACGAAGUGCUAAUACUUCGUACAGGUAAACGUAAAUGCUAUGUGGUAAACAUGUCCUCAUAA